AUGGGCCGACGGGACGACUACCGUCGUUCGCGGAGUCCGCCGCGGCGAGACCGGGAUCGCGACCGCGACCGCGACUCUUAUUACCGUCGAGACCGCUCACGCAGUCGCCGCCGGGACGAUAGAGACCGCCGCAGAUCACGCGACAGAGGCGAUCGAGACAGGUCGCCUGCUCGCAGACGGCCCAGGAGCAGGGACCGGGGAGACAGAGAUAGGGACAGAGACCGAGACCGAGAGAGGGAUCGAGACAGGGACCGCGACCGCGACCACAGGAGGAGGGAUGACUCCAACGACCGAGCCCGAGGCCGGCGCGAGGGCACCGCCGACUCCAGCGCUCGCAGAGGCGACGAUGCCCGCCCCCGAAGUCAGCGAGGCUCGGAUGCUCCCAAGUCCAGGGAAACAGAGUCGAAGCCUGCCCUGACACCGGCGCAACUCGACGAGCAGAAGAAGGCCGAGCGACUUGCGAAGCUCGAAGCCUGGAAGAAGAAGCAUGAGCAACGCAAGGAGCAGGAGGCGAGUGCGGGCAGCACGAGGAAACUCCUCGCCGAGAUGGACGAGAAGGCAAGCGGUACGCCUAUCUCACUAGCCUCACCGUCUGUCGCUGCUUCUGGAGCCGUCUCGCCGGCCACGCCGCAGGACAGCGGCGCUGCAUCACCAGCAUACGGAGGCAAAUUCGACCCAAAAGCCAUCGCCAAGAAAGCUGCUCCACGACAUCAUUCUCCAUCCCUGCUGGGCUCCAUCAAAGGCUAUCCCGCCGAGAAGGUACCAGCUACGACCACCCCGGCCAAAGCGCCUACAGCAUCUGCGUUACCCACCGGAAAGCCCAUCAGCGGUUUCGGCUUCCACAAGACGGGCGGCGAGAAUGACAAAGCUCCUUCAAAGCGGAAGCUGGAUCUGGAUGACGAGGAGACCUCGAAAAGAAAACUGACCAAACUCCCGGAUAUGUCCCUCGAGGCCACCGACGACACUCCCUACGUGAACCAGGACGAAGACGACGAGUCGGAAGGCGACGAGUUUGCCGGGACGGAGGAAGAGGCAUUGGCAGCAGCUCGCGCCGCGCACGAGCGCCGCGAGGAACGCAUGCUUGAGCAGAGUAUGGCUAUGGACACCGAUGAGGCCGACCAACCACAAUCAGAAAAACAAGUCCAAGAACCUGCGCCUGUGCAAAAUGGUACAGAUAGCCUUGUCACGUCUGCUCCUGCACCCGCGGCCGCCGCGCCUGCUCCUGCGGCGGAGCCCGAGGCGAUGGAAGUUGACCAAGAAGACGACGUGGAUCCCCUUGAUGCUUUCAUGGCCGGGCUCGAGGAUACUGGUGCUGUAGGUCUCGGUGAGCUUCCGAAGAAGGCGAACGGCAAGAAGGCACCCGAGCCUGAAGCAUACUUCAGCGACGAUGACGAUUUCUUCUCGUCCAAGGCUAAAGACGAUACGAAUCCCAACUCUAUCCUCGCUCUGGCCGCCAAGCGGAAGAAGAAGGAUAUCCCGACGAUCGACUACAGCAAAUUGGACCUGCAGCCUGUCCGCAAGAAUUUCUGGGUCGAGCCAUAUGAGUUGAGCCAACUGACCGAGGCCGACGUCGCAGAGCUCCGCCUCGAGCUGGACGGCAUCAAAGUGUCGGGCAAGGACAUCCCCAAACCUGUUCAGAAGUGGUCACAAUGCGGUCUGACGCGCCCAAUCUUGGAGACGAUCGACACGUUGGGCUACGAGAAGCCCACCCCGAUUCAAAUGCAGGCUCUACCAGUCAUCAUGUCAGGUCGCGAUGUCAUUGGCGUUGCGAAGACAGGAUCGGGGAAGACGAUGGCAUUUCUCCUGCCCAUGUUCCGUCACAUCAAGGAUCAAGAUCCCGUCAGGGAUACAGAAGGCCCCAUAGGGCUGAUUCUGACCCCUACGCGAGAGCUUGCCGUUCAGAUCCACCGUGAUUGCAAGCCGUUCCUCAAGGCUCUGGGUCUGCGCUCCGUCUGUGCAUAUGGCGGACCGCCUAUCAAAGACCAGAUUGCCGAGCUCAAAAGAGGCGCGGAAAUUGUCGUUGCGACAACUGGUCGCAUGAUUGAUCUCCUUGCAGCGAAUCAAGGCCGCGUGGUCAACCUGAAGCGUACGAGUUACAUCGUCCUCGACGAAGCCGAUCGUAUGUUUGACAUGGGCUUCGAGCCCCAGGUCAUGAAGAUCUUUGCCAAUAUCAGGCCCGACAAGCAGACCGUGCUUUUCUCUGCUACCAUGCCUCGCAUCAUAGACGCGCUCGUCAAAAAGGUGCUCAAGAAUCCUGUCGAGAUCAUUGUUGGCGGCAAGAGUGUGGUCGCACCCGAGAUUACGCAGAUUGUGGAGAUCCGGGAAGAGAAGGACAAGUUUAUUCGGCUGUUGGAGCUUUUGGGUGAGCUAUAUAAAGACGAUGACGAUGUCCGAGCUCUCAUAUUCGUUGAGCGUCAGGAGAAGGCCGAUGACCUACUGCGAGAACUCCUGCGGAAGGGCUACGGCUGUAUGUCGUUGCAUGGAGGCAAGGACCAGGUCGAUCGCGACUCCACCAUCACUGACUUCAAGAGUGGCGUGUGUCCCGUUCUGAUUGCGACAUCAGUGGCGGCGCGUGGACUUGAUGUCAAACAACUAAAGCUGGUUGUCAAUUACGAUGCGCCCAACCAUCUGGAGGACUACGUCCACCGUGCCGGACGAACGGGACGUGCUGGCAACACUGGCACUGCCGUGACUUUCAUUACGGAAGAGCAGGAGAAUUGCGCACCCGGCAUCGCCAAGGCUCUGGAACAGAGCGGCCAGCCCGUCCCCGAGCGCCUGAACGACAUGCGCAAGGCGUGGAGAGAGAAGGUCAAGAGCGGCAAGGCCAAGGACCAGUCCGGAUUCGGUGGCAAAGGUCUCGAGAAGCUCGACAAAGACCGGGAGGCGGCGCGCCUGCGGGAGCGCAAGACCCACAAGGCCGAGGGAGAGGAGGACGACGAGAAGGAGGAGAAGGGCGAGGAGGACGACAAAAAGAAGAAGGCCGCCGCGAGCGCGAUCCAGUCGGCGGUCUCGGCCAUCGUCUCGCGAGACGCCCAGAAGCAAGAGACGCCAGAAGGCAAGGCGACGCCGGCGGCGGCAGCAGCAGCGGCCACGCCGGUGCUGUCGAGCGCCGCCAAGGGCGCCCUGGACAAGGCCGCGUCGGCCGUCAGCGAGAUCAACGCCCGCCUUGCGCGCGCGGGCCAGCUGCGGCCGGGUCAGCCGAUCGACAACAAGGGCCCCGACGCCGGGGCCUUCCACGCGACGCUCGAGAUCAACGACUUCCCGCAGAAGGCGCGGUGGGCCGUCACGAACCGCACCAACGUGGCCAAGAUCCUCGAGGCGACGGGCACGUCGAUCACGACAAAGGGCAACUACUACCCGCCCGGCAAGGACCCGCCCUCGGGCGCCGAGCCCAAGCUGUACAUCCUCAUCGAGGGCGACACCGAGGUCGUCGUCGGCAACGCGCUGUCGGAGCUCACGCGCCUGCUCAAGGAGGGUACUGUGGCGGCGGCGGAUGCGGAGAGCAGGGCGCCUGCGAGCGGGAGAUAUACCAUUACUUAG